AUCAUAAACAGGCUGUCAGGGGACUGGUGAAGCAUUAUGUACACAUUGAGCUACCCUAAUUAACCUGAUUUUUUGCUGAUAAUCACUCUCAAUGGAAUCAAAUCACAAAUCCGGGGAUGGAUUGAGCGGCACCCAGAAGGAAGCAGCCCUCCGCGCACUGGUCCAGCGCACAGGAUAUAGCUUGGUCCAGGAAAAUGGACAAAGAAAAUAUGGUGGCCCUCCACCUGGUUGGGAUGCUGCACCCCCAGAAAGAGGCUGUGAAAUCUUUAUUGGAAAACUUCCCAGAGACCUUUUUGAGGAUGAACUUAUCCCAUUAUGUGAAAAAAUUGGUAAAAUUUAUGAAAUGAGAAUGAUGAUGGAUUUUAAUGGCAACAAUAGAGGAUAUGCAUUUGUAACAUUCUCAAAUAAAUUGGAAGCCAAGAAUGCAAUCAAGCAACUUAAUAAUUAUGAAAUUAGAAAUGGGCGUCUCUUAGGGGUCUGUGCCAGCGUGGACAACUGCCGAUUGUUUGUUGGGGGAAUCCCGAAAACCAAAAAAAGAGAAGAAAUCUUAUCGGAGAUGAAAAAGGUCACCGAGGGAGUCAUUGAUGUCAUCGUCUACCCAAGUGCUGCCGAUAAAACCAAAAACCGGGGCUUUGCCUUUGUGGAAUAUGAAAGUCAUCGGGCAGCUGCCAUGGCCAGGAGGAAACUGUUACCAGGAAGAAUUCAGUUAUGGGGACAUCCUAUUGCAGUAGACUGGGCAGAGCCGGAAGUAGAAGUUGAUGAAGACACCAUGUCUUCUGUGAAAAUCCUAUAUGUAAGAAAUCUUAUGCUGUCCACCUCUGAAGAGAUGAUUGAAAAGGAAUUCAACAAUAUUAGACCAGGUGCGGUGGAGAGAGUAAAAAAAAUCCGAGACUAUGCCUUUGUGCACUUCAGUAACCGAGAAGAUGCAGUUGAGGCUAUGAAAGCUUUAAACGGGAAGGUGCUGGAUGGUUCCCCCAUUGAAGUGACCUUAGCCAAACCAGUGGACAAGGACAGUUAUGUUAGGUAUACCCGAGGCACAGGUGGAAGGGGCACCAUGCUUCAAGGAGAGUACACCUACUCUUUGGGCCAUGUUUAUGAUCCCACCACAACCUACCUUGGAGCUCCUGUCUUCUACGCCCCCCAGGCCUAUGCAGCAAUUCCCAGUCUUCAUUUCCCAGCCACAAAAGGUCACCUCAGCAACAGGGCCAUUAUCCGAGCCCCUUCUGUUAGAGAAAUUUACAUGAAUGUACCUGUAGGGGCUGCGGGAGUGAGAGGACUGGGCGGCCGUGGCUAUUUGGCAUACACAGGCCUGGGCCGUGGAUACCAAGUCAAAGGAGACAAGAGAGAAGACAAACUCUAUGAUAUUUUACCUGGGAUGGAGCUCACCCCCAUGAAUCCUGUAACUUUAAAACCCCAAGGAAUUAAACUUGCUCCCCAGAUAUUAGAAGAAAUUUGUCAGAAAAAUAACUGGGGCCAGCCAGUGUACCAGCUGCAUUCUGCCAUUGGACAAGACCAAAGACAAUUAUUUUUAUUCAAAGUAACUAUUCCUGCUCUGGCCAGUCAGAAUCCUGCAAUCCACCCUUUCACACCUCCGAAGCUAAGUGCCUAUGUGGAUGAAGCGAAGACAUAUGCAGCAGAGUACACCCUGCAGACCCUGGGCAUCCCCACCGAUGGAGGUGACGUGGGGACAACGCCUGCUGCUGCUGCUUCUGCUGCUGUUUUCCCAGGAUACGCUGUCCCCAGCGCAACAGCACCUGUGUCUGCAGCCCAGCUCAAGCAAGCAGUGACCCUUGGACAAGACCUAGCAGCAUACACAACCUAUGAGGUCUACCCCACUUUUGCAGUGACUGCCCGAGGGGAUGGAUACGGAACCUUCUGAAGAUACCUUUCUUUUAACUUAAGAAUAAGAAACACAAACCUCUAUAUAGGAGAAAUAAAAUUCUCACUCAGUACCCUAAUGAUC